AUGAUCGUGUUGUACAUGAUUGUGUCAGGCUUAAUUCCCAAUCCCUCCAUAUUCCGGAGCAAUUUAACGGCUGAUCUUGUUUUUCCUGACUUGCAUAGUCCAUUGAUCAAGCCUGCACCGUGUCAUCAAGCUGAAAGUUCUGCUUUGCUGCAACUUAAGAAAAGAUUUGCCAUCACUAAGUUUGCUUCUCAAAGUUCUCUCAGUUAUACUAAAACAAAUUCUUGGAAUUCAAGCUCAGACUGCUGCUCAUGGCUUGGCGUGAAAUGUGAUGAGCAAACAGGUCAUGUGAUUGGCCUUGACAUUAGCAGCAGUCAGAUUUAUGGUUCUAUUGAGUCUAAUAGUACUCUCUUUCAGCUUUCCCAACUUGAAAAACUUAACCUUUCUGAUAAUCACUUUAAUUACUCUCAUAUCCCAUCAAGCUUUGCCCAUCUUUCAAGGCUUACCCAUUUGGACCUUUCUGGGUCCAAAUUUUCUGGAGAAAUCCCAGAAGAGAUUUCACAACUAUCCAACUUGUUGGUUCUUGAUUUGUGCUGUAACUAUGAUGCCUUAUCUCCUCCAACAAAUCUGCUGCAUUUCAAGCAGCAAAACCUGGGAAACGUAGUUCAAAACUUAACUAAUUUGCAAGUACUUUCUCUUGGCUAUGUUAAUAUGUCGUCUCCAAUACCUAGUGCACUCACCAAUCUGUCUUCUUUGGAAUACCUUUGUCUGCUCAGUACUGGAGUAUAUGGCGAAUUUCCCAUAGGAAUAUUUCUUCUUCCAAAUUUGGAGUAUCUCAAUGUGGGAGCGAAUCAGGGUCUCUCUGGGUAUUUGCCUGAGUUUCACUCUAGCAUACCCUUGCAGUUUUUAACACUCCGAAGUGCUGGCUUCCGAAGGAAUCUACCUGGUUCAAUUGGAAACCUCACUAGGCUCAUUUAUUUGGAUCUUGGAUAUAACCAAUUCAAGGGAAAUCUACCUUCUUCCUUGUUAAAUAUCACCCAGUUAUCUUAUCUGGAUGUUUCAGGCAACAAGCUUCACGGGAAAAUACCACUCUCAAUUUUCUCACUAGAGAAUCUUAGCUAUAUGGAUCUGAGAGGAAAUCACUUGUCUGGGCAAUUAGAACUUGGCAUGUUUCUCUGGAGCUUCAAGAUGCUAUCCGUUCUCUGUUUGUCAUAUAACAAUCUGUCAUUGAUUAUCAAGCCAAGUGCAUUCAAUGCAAGUCUUGCCAUGAAUAUUACAACAUUAUUUUUGGCUUCUUGCAGCAUGAACGAGUUUCCAGAAAUUCUGAAAGACCAGGACCAGCUGGAAGAACUUGACCUGUCAAACAAUAAAAUAAAGGGUACCCUCCCAAGCUGGAUAUAUAGAAAAGAAAACCUCUGGGUAUUAUGA